AUGGAGCUCCAAUUUCAAUUACACCAAAAUCUUGACCAAUCUACAUACUCCUAUGAUGAUCAUGUCCCAGUAGUCUCCAAAACAACUAAAUCUAAGGGGAGGAGUCCUCUCAAAACCAAGAAAACCACCACUGCCGCCGCCGCCGCCGCCGCCACUGCUGCGACGAAAUUCGUGGGUGUUCGCCAGCGCCCGUCGGGGCGAUGGGUCGCGGAGAUAAAGGGCACGACCCAGAAGAUCCGGAUGUGGCUCGGCACCUUCGAGACGGCCGAGGAGGCUGCCCGCGCCUACGACGCGGCGGCUUGCCUCCUCCGCGGCGCCAACACCCGCACCAACUUCCUCCUCGCCGACUGCCCUCCGCCCGAUUCCGCUCUCACGUCGCGAAUUCACGCGCUCCUCCGCCUUCAUCAGCUCAAGAAGAAACAUGCUCAACCAAAUCCUCCUCCUCCUCCCCCUCCUGUCUCCACCAUCACCACCGCUACAACCACCGUAUCUUUUGCGUCCAUUGCAACAGAAAAUGAAAAUGUUCCUACCCAACUGUCUGAUGAAGAAGUUUAUAGGCCGUGUUUUCUAGGAGAGUUCGAUCAGCCGGGUUCUACAAACCAGCCGCCAUCCGAUCACUCGUGCUCGUUCGUGUCGACCGAUAGUGGAUUUCACCGGCUUCCGCCGGCGUAUGGUGGAUUCGAACUCGACGAGAUUUGCGCCAGUGAUCGUAGCACAAAUACGAGUACGGAGAUGUCAGAAUUCGAGAGGAUAAAGGUGGAGCGGCAGAUAUCGGCGUCGCUCUACGCCAUGAACGGCGUGCAGGAGUACUACGAUAUCUUGCACAACACCUACUGCGGUGGCGGCGACGAAGACGCCGCGUUGUGGGAUCUCCCACCUCUUUGCCAUUUAUCGCAGAACUUGAUCAGAAUCGAUACAUCUUAAUCUUUUUAAUUUUUCUUUUCUUAAUAGUUAAUUUUCUCUUUAGUGCUUAAUUUGGAAAACCAAUUCCAUGCAAUACUUGUAUGCAUGAGAUAUACUUGGAGUUGUCAAUCAAUGUAAUUAGU